CAAGACGACUCGCAGCUCGCGAGUGUGCUCGGUAACCUGGACAUCUGUACUUACAGGAACAAUCUUCUUUUCUCCCCUUCAGGAGUGUGGUGCUUUAGUGAACUGUUUUUUGUGAAAGAGCCUCAGGAUGUUACUGUCUCAAGGAAGGAUCCGGUGGUUUUAGACUGCCAGGCCCGUGGGGAAGCUCCUAUAACUAUCACGUGGCUGAAAAACGGAGGCAAAGUAUCUGAAAAUGAACGGAUCUACGCUUUAUCCAAUGGCUCGUUAUAUAUCAGUGAGGUGGAAGGAAGGAAAGGAGAGCUGUCUGAUGAAGGAUUUUACCAGUGCUUAGCAAUGAACAAAUAUGGGGCCAUUCUCAGUCAAAAAAGCCACCUCACGCUAGCAACCAUUUCUGCAUUUGAAGUCCAGCCACUUUCAACUGAGGUCCAAGAAGGUGGAGUAGCUCGAUUUGCCUGUAAAAUAACAGCAAAUCCUCCCGCCACUGUGACAUGGGAAGUGAAUCGAACAAGUUUACCUUUAGUCAUGGACAGGAUAACUGCUCUACCUACAGGAGUUCUUCAGAUCUACGGUGUUGAACAGAAGGAUGCUGGGAAUUAUCGAUGUGUUGCCACAACAAUAGCCAAUAGACGUAAAAGCGCUGAGGCAUUGCUGAGUGUUAUUCCAGCCUCAGACUUGAAGCCUUUUCACAAGCCAUCUAUAAUAGCUGGUCCGCAAAAUAUUACGGCAUCUCUUCAUCAAACUGUCAUUCUGGAGUGUGUAGCCACAGGGAAUCCAAAGCCAAUCAUCUCAUGGAGCCGGUUAGACCAUAAGUCCAUUGACGUCUUCAAUACCCGUGUCCUCGGAAAUGGGAAUCUCAUGAUCUCUGAUGUGAAGGUGCAGCAUGCAGGCGUGUAUGUCUGCCGAGCCACUAUUCCAGGCACACGAAACUUCACAGUAGCAAUGGCAACUCUCACGGUGCUGGCUCCACCCUCAUUUGUGGAAUGGCCGGAAAGUUUAACAAGGCCUAGAGCUGGCACUGCUCGUUUUGCUUGUCAGGCAGAAGGAAAUCCUGCCCCCAAAAUUUCCUGGUUAAAAAAUGGAAGGAGAAUACAUUCCAAUGGUAGAAUAAAAAUGUACAACAGUAAAUUGGUCAUUAACCAGAUCAUUCCUGAAGACGAUGCCAUUUAUCAGUGCAUGGCUGAGAAUAGCCAAGGCUCUAUUCUCUCCAGGGCCAGGCUUACAGUAGUUAUGUCAGAAGACAGACCCAGUGCACCGUACAAUGUCCAUGCUGAAACGAUGUCAAGCUCAGCGAUCCUGCUAGCGUGGGAGAGGCCACUGUAUAAUUCAGACAAAGUGAUUGCAUACUCCGUGCAUUACAUGAAAGCAGAAGGUUUGAAUAAUGAAGAGUACCAAGUGGUCAUUGGAAAUGAUACAACCCAUUACAUUAUUGACGACUUGGAGCCAGCCAGCAACUACACCUUCUAUAUUGUCGCUUAUAUGCCUCUGGGAGCCAGUCAGAUGUCAGAUCAUGUGACUCAGCACACCCUUGAAGAUGUUCCCUUGAGAGCCCCUGAAAUCAGUUUGACAAGCAGGAGUCCUACAGAUAUUCUCAUCUCUUGGCUGCCAAUUCCUGCAAAAUACAGGAGAGGUCAGGUGGUCCUGUACCGUCUGUCUUUCCGUCUCAGCACAGAGACCAAAAUCCAAGUCUUGGAGCUUCCAGGGACUUCAGAUGAGUAUCUCCUGGAGGGCCUGAGGCCUGACAGUGUCUACUUGGUUCGUAUCACUGCUGCCACAAGGAUUGGCUGGGGAGAGGCAUCUUUGUGGACUUCCCACCGGACUCCCAAGGCUACAAGCGUGAAAGCACCAAAGUCUCCUGAGCUGCGUUUGGAGCCAAUGAACUGUACAACCAUUACAGUACAGUGGCAGCAGGACUCUGAGGACACUGCAGCUAUUCAAGGGUACAAGCUGUACUACAAAGAAGAAGGCCAACAGGAGAAUGGACCAAUUCUGUUGGAUGCCAGUGAUCUCGAGUAUACUGUCAGUGGUUUAG